AUGCCGCCCGUCCGCACCGAAACGCCGAACGUCACGUUCAAAUGGCGGCGCGGUAGCGGUCUCCGUUGCCGCCCUCCGUUGCUGCGGGAGGGCCGCCGCCGCCGCCGCCGAGCGCCCGAGCAGCACGCCGAGCAGCAGAAGUCGAGCGAGGGCGAAACAAUCGCUGUGUUUGAGGGCUCCUGGCAAUAUGGGUUCAAUGGAGGACAGCAAUGGAGAGCUGAGUUCAGGACGCGGAUUGGGACGUCGACGAGAGAAAUCGUGUUUCAGUGGUUCAACUUGACCGACAAGCACCUCAAGGUCAUCAUGAACAUGGGCCAGGGUGUGUGCCACGGGCUGCGGUCGUUCCGGUUCCACCCCGAAGAAACGUCCCACGGGCACCAGGCGACGGCCGGCCUCGUCACGGGCGCCACGCUAGAGAUAUUCGCGCGCGCGCGCGGCGCGGGCAGGGACGUCAACGACGACGCGCUGCUGGCGGCGGUGCAGCUGUGCCCAAACCUGAAGACGCUCGAGAUCACGGCCGCCGCCGCCGGCCCCAACAGCUCCAGCAUGGGCUACCCGCUCGCCGUCCCGCACGUCCGCGUCGACAGCAAGGCCGCGGCCGCCCUGUCCGAGGCCCGCGCGCCCCUCCUCACCGUCGCGCUGGUAAGUUCAGAGUUCCAAGAGACCUCGUGCGGCGAGGACUGGGAGUUAGUCACUAGGACGAGGUCGUUCAGGGACGGCAUAAUUAUCUAG